GCAGCAAAUAGAACACUCCGAUCGUUCAACUCUUGAUGGUCGGGGAAGGCGUGAAGAACGGCGGUGUGUUCGAUGCUAAAAUUGCGCAUGCCGCGUCUCAUCGCUGUGCUCAUCACACCGAUGGCAUUCCAUAAUCGCAUGGCUGGCGAAUCAAUUCUCAAAUGCUCUCAAUUAUCUCGUAUCCCUGAAUCGCGCUGCAUUCGAUGCUGGAUUCUCAAUCGUCGACUUCAUGACGAGCGAUAGCAUUGCGCACGAAGGAUCUGGAGUGUCAUCUCACAACGGCUUCCGUGUCACCGACUCACCAUUCAUCCUCAACACUGGACGCCUCACAGCUGACAACCCAUUCCGCUCGUUUCUCAUUCAUCAAUUUUCCCCUCGAGUUCCGGUGAAGUCAGGCCAUGGCUGCGCCCGACACUUAACACCUCGUCUCCACCACCCGUCCAUUGUUCCAGAUCGGCCCGCCUUGCAUGCCCGCCUUGCUUCUAGGUUCACCAUUAAUUACAACCCCCAACUCUGGGGCUAUAUUUUUGCUCUCGUGGAGAAUUGCUCUCCGUUGCUGACCAAAGCGGGGGAUCACGAAGCACCCUUCGUCCGGUCGAUAUCUGCACCUCCCAUGCCUCUCAAUAACGUCCGCUACUGCAAAGACGGAAUUCUUGCAUUAAGAAGCAGCCAUCUGCGACCGGGCGGCGUUGAAGACCUAUAUCGAGAUGCAACACGAUGCGGAACCCGGGCUAUGGUGAUGUUCGUAAACAUCAGGGUUGGUGAACGUUAGGCAAUCUGAAAGGCUCCCACUCGAAUUGUCGUGCUCGUUCUAGGGUUACGGUCUCCAUCCAGCCGGAGAGCUUCCCUGCCUCACAUUCAGCGUGCUCAAACAAUGUUGAGGGGGCACAGGGUAUCUAUUCAUAUCUUGUUUGCAAAACGUCUCUCCCGCGUCUGACAU